AUGAUGCCAGUGCCUUGGUUAUCCUCACUGAUCCUGGCAGUACUCUGCCUUUUGGCUUACCUUCGCUUCUCAGACGCCGAGUGCUGCACCACAAUGGCCCACCUGGAGUUCAUGAUGACCAAUGGGAACUGCGGAGUGGUUAAUGCCAAGAAAACCGUCCACGGCUGCUCAAUUACUGUCUGUGGCGAUGGCAGAGCCUUAGUGGGUACCUUCUGUGGACGCGGUCCUUGCAACAUCUUUGGUUGCGACUGCCAAGGUGGCUGCCUGCAUGGAGACUAUGGCCAGAGCUUCCUGGCCAGAAACCAAGACUUCGGCAUUACUCUAAUGCACACCGAAAUCGUGGACUAUGCACCAGGAGCUUCGAUGUGGUAUACGCUUACCAAUGGGAUUUUCAAUAAAAUCUUUUGA